AUGACCAUUUUUGAAUCUGCAGGUCAAAAACCAUUCCUUCUUGAAAUGGAAGAAGAGGAAGAUAUUUUCUAUGUCAGCUGCUGCUUCCCUGUCCUUGAUGCAAUUCAUCUACAAGAUGAACUUGAGCUGUUUCUCUUCAUAUCUAUCUGUUUCUCUUCAUAUCUGUUUAUCUGUUUCUCUUCAUUAUCUAUCUAUCUAUCUAUCUAUCUAUCUAUCUAUCUAUCUAUCUAUCUGAGUCUCUUCAUUAUCUCUCUGGAUCUGUUCAUAUCUAUCUAUCUAUCUAUCUAUCUAUCUAUCUAUCUAUCUAUCUGUUUCUCUUCAUAUCUAUUUAUCUGUUUCUCUUCAUAUCUAUUUAUCUGUUUUUCUUCAUAUCUAUUUAUCCGUUUCUCUUCAUAUCUAUCUAUCUAUCUGUUUCUCUUCAUAUCUAUCAGUUUCUCUUCAUAUCUAUUUAUCUGUUUCUCUUCAUUAUCUAUCUAUCUAUCUAUCUAUCUAUCUAUCUAUCUAUCUAUCUAUCUAUCUGAGUCUGUUCAUUAUCUCUCUGAGUCUGUUCAUAUCUAUCUAUCUAUCUAUCUAUCUAUCUAUCUAUCUAUCUAUCUAUCUAUCACUAAAACUCUAAUCUUAUAUAUUUGUAGGUCUCUUUCUGAGAUACAGCUUAAACAAUACAUUAUACCCAAACCAAUUUAG